AUGUUGGAAAAAUCGAAUAAAAUUUCAGUUAUGAAAAAAUUAAUUGGUUUGGGUGAAACAGAGGUCAAGCAGUCCAACGGCUAUGUUGUGCCACAAAAUUCCACAAAUAAUUUCUAUGAAAAGGCGGGUCUCAUCGAAUCAAAAACCAAGGAGAACACCACUCUGAACCAACUACAGAAGCCGCCUACAAACCAGUGUCCUCAUUGCGAAAACAUGGCCAAGAAUUUCCUCUACUUGGAAAGUUUGAUACGGACAAAUGCCGUGACUCAUAACGGUAAAUCAAAAUGCAAUGUUUGCCAUUCAUCUCUGUGCUAUUUGGAAUAUGUCAACAAAAGUAUUUUGGAAGUUUUUGGUGAUUUUGAUUCGAUUGCAAAGGCGGCAAAGGCAUUUGGAAAUGAUCCCUCAAAAGCCAUGAAGAAGAUGAAGAGAACUGGUGACGGAGAAAAGAAAUUCCCAAACAAAAAGCCAUUAAUGAUGGACAAUGUGGACGAUACUGCAAAAUCUCUAACAAAGCCUAUUUUGGCCAAGAAACAAAUGAAGAGGAUCAUCACUCCCAGUAAACCCAAAUCAAAUGUGGAAAAUUUAGAAAAUCCUCAAAUUGUCAGUAGUUUGUCUGGUCAUGUGAGGCCAUCUAAGAAGAAGAGAGUGGGCAAGUUAAUGCGCCACAAGCAGAAUAUAAGGCAUUUUAGAAGCAAAGAAUCAAGUGUCGCUUUGGGAAAGCAGACAAAUUCUAGUAAACGAAAAUUAUAUGUUAAAAAGCUAAAAUCUGUAAAGUAA